AUGGCGAGAGCAGCAGCACCAUCUCAGCGCACCGAGGAUGAAAGGCUGGCCAUCCGACGAGAGAAGGUCAGGUUGAAUGUCCAAGCACACAGAGAGCGCCAGAGGUUGAAGAAGCGGCUCGAAGACCUCGACAGACCAUGCCAGCCCAAGCUCCGUUGGAUCCAGGAAACGAAAUGGCAGUCCAAGGGGACAGCAGACAGUCGCGACCAGGACCAAGUAGAGGAGUCUGCAGGACCACGCAGUGAAAGGCCUCCGAAGGCGGAGUGCAGACUAACGAUGUAUCCGAGUCCUGAGAAGCAAUACACACUUGGCCUGUUGGCCUUGUUUCGAACGCGCCUUUUGCCAGACCGCGUGACACUACGACGUCCAGGACCAUCAGAACAGCGAUUGACGACACCAUGCGCUCCUUGGGUGGUGAGAGGCUAUGAAUUAGCUGCUGUCCAAGAAAACCCUCUCCUGACCGGUAUGCUUCGUGCGUUGGGUCUCGCUUUUGUUGGAGCCGAGCACCAGCGCGAGGACAUCCAGUCGGUAGCGCGACGUACCUACCAGGUUACUAUCCAAGCGGUCAGUCGGAAACUACGACUUCUGGUGGAUGGUAAUAAGCCCUCCACCAACGACUACUCGCCAUUGAUGUUAUCAUGCCACGCGGGUGCAUUGUUCGAACUGAACGUCAGCGGGUCGCUCCCUGGCAUGUCUCGUCAUGUCCGUGGUCUAGGCUGCUUGCUGAUUUCUCAUUUUCUUGAGGCCAAAUCGAUGCCGCAAGAUAUCUCUGAUAUAUUGGAGGAAUAUCGACUUCUCGAAAUGGUGUUUUGCCUCAUAAACCGACAACCAUCGGUGCUUUCUGGAACGACUCUGAGCAAGGAGGCAAAACGUCCCGACAAUCCGGAUCUUGGGGAUUCCCACAUGAGCCAGCUCACUAAAUUGGUACAUAUUGCCGGCGAAAUUCCCCCGAUCAUGGUCUACGUCGACGGAUUGAAUAGUGGCACUGUGAUAAGCGACCAAGAAGUUGGCCGCUUGAGCACGUUUCUAGAGACGUUGUCUUAUACUACAACUGAAUUGCAAACGUGGGCCGAAGACUUCCUCGCAAAUGAUGCCCACUCAGUCGCAGAGUCAUUGGUGUGCACUUCGCGGAACAGCGAUCUUACACUUCCAAACCUUGAGGUACUGACGCCUUGGACCUUCUACCUUUCCAUCAAAAUAUGUGCCCUCGAGACUUAUAUCUCGAUGCUCGAACAUGACAUCUCAAUCCGGUCAUCCCCAGAAGUCGAGACCGUCGACGAGGCAUGCAGCACUAAUGACUUCCAGCUCAGCGGGUCGCACGAAAAGAUACUCCUGUUGCGCUCAGAAGUGCUCGAGACCACGAGGCUUCUUCUUCGGUCUGUGCCAUACUUCUCACAACCCAGCUUGGGUUAUAUCGGACGUUCGCUGGUCGCGUUCCCCUUGGAAACUACGAAACGUGCUCUCUUACAUGAGUUUGAACGACGAGCGGGUCAGGCGUUGGCGGCAAGCGAGAUUGCUGGCGUCAACUUCUCAUAUGACGGGGCCCAAGACAUCAUACAGGAUCUCAUCGUCUGGAAGGAGAUCGCCACCAGCGCGAAAGCAUCAGGAUGCGCAUUGUUUUCUCAUUAG